AUGUUUCUUACUGUAUCUGAUCAAUCAAGUACGGCUCUUCAUAUUCUUUUACAUGCAAAUCUACCUUAUACAAUCUUUUGGUUUAUUAUGGAAAUUCUUCUUUUUACUUUUAAAAAUUUCCAUUUAACAUAUGCUUCUAAUGCAUUCGGUAUUGAAAUUUCUUUGGUAUUUAUGGUUUGUUUCAAUGAUUUAUUUCGUCAAUUUUUUUGUAUUAAAGGCAAUUUAAUGUUAAAUAAUGCCCUUCUAAUUAUUUCUAUUUUCUAUGGAUUAUGUUGUGCAAUUGGUUUUGUUUUCUUUCUUAUAUUGCAAUCAUACGCUCAACGUCUAGAAAUGCUUCUUGCAGGAAUCAGUUUAACAUUAAUCUUAAUUGAAAUUUUACUCAGUAUUAUCACACUUAUUCGUAAUAGUCGAGCAAUGCCUGUAUUAACCAAAGAUCAAAAGAUUGCACGAUUAAAUCUAGCACAAAAACGAUUUCAAACAUCAGUUAAAACUGAAUAG